AUGAGCCUGCUGGGUCUUAUGUCAGAAAUGAUGGGUACGCUCGACAUUCUCCGAACGAUGGUGACAGACUAUGACAGUUCUAGUAUAGCCGCCUUUCUACAUGAUGCAAAGCGGUUUGUUCUGAAAAAUCGACAAAUAGCCGAUGAAGUGCCACUUCAAAUUUAUUAUGCAGGGCUGGUAUUUGCACCUCGAACGGCAAUAGUUCGAGAGCAGUUCCAAUCAGAGCUUCCUGAUUGGAUCUGCCGCUUCCCACAAGCUCUGGAAACCUGGGGUGCAGAAUUGCAGGCACUCGAGGGCCAUAGAAGUUCAAUUUCCGCCGUGGCCUUCUCACCCGAUGGCCGGCUGCUGGCGUCUGGCUCGGGUGAUAAGACAAUACAGCUCUGGGAUCCAGCCACGGGCGCUCUCCAGCAGACCCUUGAGGGCCAUACAAGUUGGGUUCAAACUGUGGCCUUCUCACCCGAUGGCCGGCUGCUGGCGUCUGGCUCGGGUGAUAAGACAGUACGGCUCUGGGAUCUGGCCACGGGUGCUCUCCAGCAGACCCUUGAGGGCUAUACAAGUUCAAUUCACACCGUGGCCUUCUCACCCGAUGGCCGGCUGCUGGCGUCUGGCUCGGGUGAUAAGACAAUACAGCUUUGGGAUCUAGCCACGGGCGCUCUCCAGCAGACCCUCGAGGGCCAUACAAGUUGGGUUCAAACUGUGGCCUUCUCACCCGAUGGCCGGCUGCUGGCGUCUGGCUCGCACGAUGAAACACUACGGCUCUGGGAUCCGGCCACGGGCGCUCUCCAGCAGACCCUUGAGGGCCAUACAAGUUGGGUUCAAACUGUGGCCUUCUCACCCGAUGGCCGGCUGCUGGCGUCUGGCUCGCACGAUGAAACACUACGGCUCUGGGAUCCGGCCACAGGCGCUCUGCAGCGGACACUCGAGGGCCAUACAAGUUGGGUUCUAACGGUGGCCUUCUCACCCGAUGGCCGGCUGCUGGCGUCUGGCUCGGUCGAUAACAUAGUACGGCUCUGGAACCUAGCCACGGGCGCUCUCCAGCAGACCCUCGAGGGCCAUACAAGUUCAAUUAAUACCGUGGCCUUCUCGCCCGAUGGAAGGCUGCUGGCGUCUGGCUCAAACGAUGAAACACUACGGCUCUGGGAUCUGGCCACAGACGCUCUGCAGCGGACACUCGAGGGCCAUAAAAGUUGGGUUCUAACGGUGGACUUCUCACCUGAUGGCCGGCUGCUGGCGUCUGGCUCAGUUGAUAACAUAGUACGGCUCUGGGAUCCAGCCACAGGCGCUCUCCAGCAGACCCUUGAGGGCCAUACAAGUUGGGUUCAAACUGUGGCCUUCUCACCCGAUGGCCGGCUACUGGCGUCUGGCUCAGAUGACAAGACAGUACGGCUCUGGGAUCCGGCCACAGGCGCUCUGCAGCGGACACUCGAGGGCCAUAUAAGUUCAGUUGAUACCGUAGCCUUCUCGCCCGAUGGACAGCUGCUGGUGUCUAUAUCAUUCAGUGAGCCAGUACGGCUCUGGGAUUCAGCCACGGGGGCUCUGCAGCAGAUACUUGAGGGCCAUACAAGUUGGGUUCUAUCAGUGGCCUUCUCACCUGAUGGCCGGCUGCUGGCGUCUGGCUCGAUUGAUAAGACAGUACGGCUCUGGGAUCCGGCCACGGGUGCUCUGAAGGAAAUGGUGAGCACUGAUGUCCAGCUGCGGCCACUCUACCCCUAG